CGCAACUCGUCGCCCACCUGCCCGUCAAUCACUCGCAGGUCCAACGGCCGACAUCGACAUAGGCCAUGGACGACUUCACAUCCCUCGAACUCCUCUCCCUCGUCUCCAAGGUCACGUCCGAACUGCAGAAUCAUCUGGGCAUUAGCGACAAAACCCUCGCCGAGUUCGUCAUCGAUCAACAUGAGAAAUCCAAUGGAAAUCUUGCAGACUUCAAAAAGGCUCUGGCGGCCAUGGGUGCCGAGUUCCCUAACAGUCUCGUCGAGAGUAUUGACCGUUUAAUCCUCACAUUACACCCAAAGCACAAGGCGACAAAAAGUGCCAAACAGAAUGGAAACCCCGAGGCCGACCUCGAUGAAUUAGACGCAAUUGGGAAGAAGGCGAGGGUUUUCAAAGGCCUUGCCGUCGCGGAUCGUGAACCUGCCUGGGAUGAUUAUGAGGAUGACAUGGUCGGCCAGAAAGCCAUUGAAGAGACAGCACCUCCGGGUGUUGAGGAAGACGAUACGUUUGCUCUCCUCGAAGGACUCGCUGCUAAACCCACCAAUGGGACCAACCACUCAAGUCAACGGAGUAGGAAAAGAAGUCGAAGUCCGGACCGAGAUGAAUAUUCGAGAGACCGACGUCCGCGACAAAAAUACUGGUCCCGCAGUCCCAGUCCAGCAGAAGGCAAGCGGUCGCGGCGGCGUGAUGACGACUAUGACCGAGACUACGACCGCAGUACUGAUCGCCGACGUAAUGGGCACAAAGAUCGGCAUGAUGAUAGCAGAAAUGGACAUCACAAGAGCAGGCGGCGACACCGCGACGAUGAGGAAGACGACGACGACGACUUUCGAAAACCUCCUCGCCGAGAAAUUGACGAGAUCCCUACUCUCUACAAAGUCUACGAUGCCACUAUCAACGGCAUCAAGGAUUUUGGUGCCUUUGCAAAUCUUCAGAACGUCAAGGGCAAUCCAAGUGGUCUGAUCCAUGUUUCUGCAAUCCAGGAUGGCGCAAGAGUUAAUCAUCCUUCCGAUCUCCUUUCUCGUGGUCAAGAGGUCAAAGUCAAGGUUAUCAAGAUGGAGAACAACAAACUGAGUUUGUCCAUGAAGGAGGUGGACCAAAUUUCGGGCCAAGAUCUGGUUCCUUCACGUCGUAUCGCCUCUGGAGCCAACAUGGAACGCUUGGACGGCCUCCCAUCAAAUGACCGCUACGGAAAUCUAGGAUCGACAGUUCCUGUCAUUGAGGAUGACUACAAUGCCAGGUCACACAAAUCCCGCAAACGAAUGACAUCCCCAGAACGAUGGGAGAUCAAACAACUGAUUGCGUCUGGCGCCAUCUCCGCACAAGACUAUCCCGACAUUGACGAAGAGUAUAAUGCAACUCUCAACGGAGAAGGUCAGAUGGAGGAAGAGGAGGACAUUGACAUUGAAGUCAAAGAAGAAGAACCUCCUUUCCUUGCCGGACAGACCAAACAAUCUCUUGAACUGUCCCCGAUUCGCGUUGUCAAAGCCCCAGAGGGAUCACUGAACCGAGCCGCCCAAGCAGGAACAAAUCUUGCCAAGGAACGACGAGAGUUGAAGCAACAGGAGGCCGCCGACCGUGCGGCUGAGGAAGCUUCCAAGGUCGAUCUCAAUGCCCAAUGGCAAGACCCUAUGAUCAACCCUGAGCACCGCAAGUUUGCAUCCGACUUGCGCCAGACACAGCAACAGUCUUCCAAGGCAACAGAAGCUGUUCCAGAAUGGAAGCGCAUUACUCAAAACAAGGACCAAUCUUUUGGCAGGAGAACAAACAUGACUAUCAAGCAACAGCGCGAGUCCCUUCCCGUGUACAAAUUCCGCAAGCAGUUACUUGACGCCGUGGCAAACAACCAACUACUCAUCGUGGUGGGCGAUACAGGAUCGGGCAAGACUACUCAGGUGACUCAAUAUCUUGCUGAGGCUGGCUAUGGCAACCAUGGCAUCAUUGGUUGCACUCAGCCUCGUCGUGUCGCAGCAAUGUCGGUCGCCAAGCGUGUGUCGGAAGAGGUUGGAUGUGAGCUUGGAAAGGAAGUGGGAUACACCAUCCGUUUCGAAGAUCGAACAUCACCCGAAACAAAGAUCAAAUACAUGACGGACGGCAUGCUUCAGCGAGAGAUUCUUCUGGAUCCAGACGUCAAGAGAUAUUCGGUCAUCAUGUUGGAUGAAGCGCACGAGCGGACCAUUGCCACCGAUGUUCUCUUUGGUCUCCUCAAGAAAACCGUCAAACGACGUCCGGAUCUCAAAGUUAUCGUCACUUCAGCAACUCUAGACGCUGACAAGUUUUCCGAAUACUUCAACCAAUGUCCCAUCUUUUCCAUCCCUGGAAGAACCUUCCCCGUGGAGAUCAUGUAUUCCAGAGAGCCUGAAGAGGAUUAUCUCGAUGCGGCGUUGACUACGGUCAUGCAAAUCCAUCUCACCGAACCUGCUGGCGAUAUAUUGCUCUUUUUAACGGGCCAAGAAGAAAUUGAUACCAGCUGUGAAGUUCUCUACGAACGGAUGAAGGCUCUAGGACCUUCGGUGCCCGACUUACUCAUCCUUCCCGUCUACUCGGCCCUGCCUAGUGAGAUGCAAAGUCGUAUCUUCGACCCUGCGCCAGAAGGGAGUCGCAAGGUCGUCAUCGCCACCAAUAUCGCCGAGACAUCCAUCACCAUCGAUCACAUCUAUUAUGUCAUUGACCCUGGCUUCGUCAAGCAAAACGCCUACGACCCCAAACUCGGCAUGGACUCUCUAGUGGUAACACCCAUCUCCCAAGCCCAAGCCAAACAACGAGCCGGUCGCGCCGGUCGAACAGGUCCUGGUAAAUGUUUCCGCCUAUACACCGAAGCGGCCUACCAAUCCGAAAUGCUGCCCACGACCAUCCCGGAAAUCCAACGCCAGAACCUCGCCUACACAAUCCUCAUGCUCAAAGCCAUGGGCAUCAACGACCUCCUGCACUUUGAUUUCAUGGACCCACCCCCCACCAACACCAUGCUGACCGCCCUCGAAGAACUCUACGCCCUUUCCGCCCUCGACGACGAAGGUCUCCUCACUCGCCUCGGUCGCAAAAUGGCCGAUUUCCCCAUGGACCCCGCCUUAGCGAAAGCCCUAAUCGCCAGCGAAAACAUCGGCUGCAGUGAAGAAAUGCUCACUAUUGUCGCCAUGCUGUCCGUGCAAACGGUAUUCUACCGGCCCCGCGAAAAGCAACAACAAGCCGACCAGAAAAAGGCCAAAUUCCACGACCCACACGGCGACCACUUGACGUUACUCAACGUCUACAACGCAUGGAAAACCUCCCGAUUCUCCGAUCCCUGGUGUUUUGAGAAUUUCAUUCAAAAACGCCAGAUUGGACGUGCCAGAGAUGUGCGACAGCAGCUCGUGUCGAUUAUGGAACGCUAUAAACAUCAAAUUGUCUCGUGUGGACGAAAUACACUUAAAGUGCGUCAGGCGCUGUGUUCGGGAUUUUUCCGUAAUUCGGCGAGAAAGGAUCCCCAGGAGGGUUAUAAGACGUUGAUUGAGGGUACACCGGUGUAUAUGCAUCCGAGUAGUGCGUUGUUUGGGAAACCGGCGGAACAUGUUAUUUUUCAUACGUUGGUGCUGACGACCAAGGAGUAUAUGCAUUGUGCGACGGUGAUCGAACCAAAGUGGCUCGUCGAAGCAGCACCGACAUUCUUCAAAGUCGCACCGACCGAUCGAUUGAGUAAACGCAAAAAGGCCGAGAGAAUUCAACCCCUACAUAAUAAAUUCCAGGGUGAGGAUGAUUGGAGACUUAGUGCGCAAAAGAGACAAGGGAGAGGUGGUGGCGGUGGGACUUGGGGAUAGUCAAACUGUGUCCAUACAUCUAUGUGUAUCGAUCUAUGUGACAAUAAAUAUAUCAUGCCAUGCCGUCGUUGUGGCGGUGUAGUAGAGAUAGGAUGCG